AUGGCAACAUUACCUAAAGCAAAGAAUUAUAUACUGUUUACUGAUACAUUCGCGAUUAAUGAUAUGGACAAAGAAGGCAAAAAAUUUGAUCGUGUAUCACGGUUCACUGGUAGAGGAGAGAAUUUAGAAAUGGAAUUAACAAUAGAUAUUAAUAUAGAAUUAUAUCCAUUGGAUAUAGGGGAUAAAGUAAUGAUAAUGUUAACAACAUCAUUAUCAUUAGAUACAGCAAAUAUAGCGCAGAGUGAAGAAGCCAUACUGCCAUUCCCUAUUAUGACUCAAGGUGAUCAAACAGAACGACCUUCUUGGAAAGAAAAAACUUCUAUGGAUAGAGAUUUAAGUGAUGAUUAUGAAUAUAUUAUGUACGGUAAAGUUUAUAAAUAUGAUGAAGAAAAAAGAAGCAAA